ACAGUCCCCACACUCAAAUAAUUGAACCAUUUUUUUUUUGGGGUUUUAAGCCUUUCAAAAAUCAAACAUACAUAUAUGAACAAGUCUCUAUAGGCUCUCAAAAUUCCUUCCCAAGAGAGAUUUUCUCAAUUAUAGAACUAUAUUACAUGCAUGAUAUAUUCUCUGCUUUGCCUCCUCAAGAAAAUCAAUAGUGUUUGUUUGUUGUAUUUUGAGUAACAAUGAUCAGUGAAAAGAAGGCUGCAAAUGCCAUGGCUGGCAAGACUGCUCGAGCCUGCGACAGCUGCCUGCGAGUGCGCGCGCGCUGGUUCUGUGCAGCCGACGAUGCCUUCCUUUGCCAGUCCUGCGACGCCUCAGUCCACACCGCCAACCAAUUGGCCGGCAGACACCAAAGGGUUCGCCUCCAAACUUCCUCCUUUAAGGGUAGCAAGCUCGGGGUUUGGGACGAUAAGUCCUCUUCCCCUGCUUGGCUCCGGGGGUUCACACGCAGAGCGCGAACCCCUCGGAACAGAGCGGCCACGAAACAAGUGAAGAAAGAUGAAGAAGAGAUGAAUCAUCAUCAUCAUCAUCAUCGUCGUGAACCUCUGUUGCCUUUGGUUCCGGAGAUGAGUAACGAAGGAGAAGAAUAUAAUCGUGAUGAUGAUAUUGAUCAGUUGCUGAAUUAUGAUGGUGCGAACGAAGAUCAAGAUGAGCAGUUGCUUUACCGGGUUCCUAUCUUCGAUCCAUUUGCGGCAGAGCUUUGCAAUCCGAUGAGUAUCGGCGAUGAUGAUAUUGAUGAUCACGACCGUUGUGAUGAUCAGAUGACAGAAUCGACGGUGGCUGAUGAAGAUCAUAACGAUCAGCAUGGAACCAUUAUGGACGACCAGCAUGAGGUUCUAGGGUUUCUACCAUCGGAGUUAGAGCUGGCCGAGUUCGCCGCCGACGUAGAAAACCUUCUCGGCGGCGGUGGAGGAGGAGGAGGGUCGCUGGAGGAAGAUUAUUCGUGUGACCAUGAAAUCAACGGGUUUGGAAUAAUGGAGCUUUUGGAUUGUAAAGAAGAAGAAGCAGCAGAUGCGAGAGUGAUCAAAGUUGAAGAAGAAGAAGAUGGGAUGUUAAUGGAAGCUUCAGGCAUAGGUUUUGAUGGUUUGAGUGAUGAGAAGUUUGAGUAUGAAGAGUUAACGUUGUCAGGUGAUCAGGUGGCCGGCGGUGAGGGCAAAAUGGUAAAUGAGAGCAUGAAGAAGAAGAAGGAGAGUGAGAUAGUUCUGAGGCUGAACUAUGAGGCAGUCAUCGCUGCCUGGGCCAGCCAAGGAUCCCCAUGGACCACCGGAACCAGACCAGAGGUUGACCCGGACCACGGUUGGCCUCAUUAUAUGGAUAUGUGGCAAACAAAUUACAGUCACAACGAGAGUAAAAAUCUAAUGACUAGAGGAGGAAAAGGAAGUAAUAACGAGGUCGGAGGGAGAGAAGCUAGGGUUUCGAGGUACAGAGAAAAGAGAAGAACAAGAUUGUUCGCCAAGAAAAUAAGGUACGAGGUUAGGAAACUCAACGCCGAGAAACGGCCUAGAAUGAAAGGCAGAUUCGUUAAGAGAUCAUCUUUCAUGAGUACUAAUAAUAACCAGCUCAUGAUGACCACCAAAUAACACCUAAUCAAGCUAGCUAAUCUUCCAAAUUUGUGCCUUUGUUAAUUAGCUUCAAUAUCUUUUUGUUUAUAUAUAAUUUCCUUGCUUUUUUUUUUGGCAAAAUUGGAAAUCAAACUGUUUGUUUGAUUGGCCUUUUAUGGAAUAAAUCUGAUGUAAUAUAUGUAUGGUAGCUAUAGCUUUUCUUUCUUUUCUACUUACAUUUCGUUGUAACAUCUAAAUGUACUAAAGAUCCAUUUCUCAAAAAUUUAUUUGCAAGCAGAAAUGGUGGAUGGUACGGUGUCGUUUAGUAUAUAUGUAUAGUUAAUGUGUAUAUUGAUUCAAUUUUAGUUAUAUUAUAUGUGUACA